UGUUUAGAUUUUCUGAAUAAUUUUUCUUCAUUCAAUUAUUUCAGUUCACAUUCUUGUUUCAUUGACGUUCCCCUUGUUUGUAAAUAAUAACUGCUGGAAAUAGUACGCAAUGUGAAAUUACGCGCAUUCCUCAAUCGAGUGUACAUUACGUAAACGGGCUGUUGCAGUUAAUUAACUAUGUUACAGACCUAAGUUCUAACCUAUAGGAAUUUUGUAGGUUUGUGUUGUUUGUUAAACAAAUGCGAGAUAAUGCCGCCGUUUAGAAGAAAGAAGGCUGCGAAGUCGUUCCCAGUUAAAGUGUGUACUCUCGACGCGGAACUAGAGUUCAACCUUGAGUGGCGAGCCACGGGCAGGGAUUUGUUCGACCUUGUGUGUAGAACCAUUGGGUUGAGAGAAACAUGGUUUUUUGGACUGCAGUUUGAAGACACAAAACAUUUUAUAAGCUGGCUGAAAUUGGAUAAAAGAGUACAAGACCAAUGUGUUUCCCAAAUGCCGGGCACACCGUUUAUGUUGCUGUGCAAGUUGUACCCCGAGGAUGUGGCAGAAGAACUGAUCCAAGAGGUGACACAGCAUCUGCUGUUCCUCCAGGUGAAGCAGGCCAUUCUCAGCAUGGACAUAUAUUGCCCUCCAGAAGCUUCAGUUUUGCUCGCCAGUUAUGCAGUUCAAGCAAAGUACGGCGAUUACGACGAAAGUGCAUACAAGCCGGGCAUGCUAGCUAGCGAGGACUUGUUACCUCAGCGGGUUAUUGACCAGUAUCAGAUGACACCCGAGAUGUGGGAAGAAAGGAUAAAAAUAUGGUAUGCUGACCACAAAGGCAUGUCUCGCGACGAAGCCGAGAUGGAGUACCUGAAAAUAGCGCAGGACCUGGAUAUGUACGGAGUUAACUAUUUCGCGAUUAAUAAUAAAAAAGAGACCGAUCUUUAUCUAGGAGUCACAGCGUUGGGUCUAAAUAUAUAUGAAAAGGACAACAAGUUGACACCAAAAACAACCUUCCCUUGGUCGGAAAUCAAGCACAUAUCGUUCGAUGACAAGAAGUUUGUAAUCAAGUUUGUAGAGAAGACCGUCAGUAACUUCAUAUUCUUCUCACCCAAAGGGAUGAAUAAAUUGAUAUUAGAUCUAUGUAUCGGCAACCAUGACUUGUAUAUGAGAAGACGGAAACCUGAUACUAUGGAAGUACAACAGAUGAAGGCGCAGGCGAAAGAGGAAAAGCAACGUCGUCAAAUAGAACGCAACAAGUUAGCUCGCGAGAAACAGUUGAGGGAGGCGGCGGAAAGAGAGCGUUCGGCAAUGGAGCAAAGAUUGCUUCAGUACCAGGAGGAAAUACGACUGGCCAACGAGGCGCUCCGUCGUUCGGAGGAAACGGCGGAAUUGCUGGCGGAAAAAGGUCGCGUGGCUGAGGAAGAAGCGUCCCUAUUGGCGCAGAAAGCCACCGACGCGGAAAGAGAAAACGCAAGGUUACGACUCUCCGCCAUAAGGACAGAGGAAGAAAAGGUACAUUUGGAACGUAAAACACGGGAGGCAGAGUUCCUAACGGCGAGGCUAGUGGAAGAGUCAGAAAAGCGCGCUGCCGAAGCCGAAAGACUGAAGGCGGAGCUGGUGGCCGCCAGGGUAGCAGAGAAGCAGGCCAAGGAGAAACUACUCAACUUCCUCAGUAGGACUUCAAAUGGCUCUCUACCACCUCCUCCACCGGUGCCAAUCUCGCUGUUUCCGUCGACGUGUUCGCUGCCGGCGGAACUGGGUGAGGUGGCGAGUACCGGCUGUAGCGGCGCUAGCGACGGCGAGCUAAAUUCAUACCAGCUCGUGCCGGACGACUCCGACCCGCACAUACACCGACUCUCGCUGGAGAUUGAGAAGGAGAGGGUGGAAUACCUGGCCAAGUCCAAACACCUCCAGCAACAGUUGGACGAGCUCCGCUGCGAGUUCUCGGUGCUACGGGUUGAGCAGGGCGGCGCGACCUUGGACCGCUUGCACGAGGCCCAGGCGCGCGCGGGCGACGACAAGUACAGCACGCUCCGGAGGCUUAAGCAGGGCUCCACGAGGACGAGGGUCGCCUUCUACGAGGAGCUGUGAGAGUUCUGGAUCUCUUUGGUGAGUUUAGAAAAUUCCAAACGUUUUAAUGACGCUGUCGAGCCAUAACCGCAAGUGCCUGCUAGCAACAAGUGUAAUACCAGCAUUACGUACCUCCGUAGUAAUAUAACUUAUUAAACACAAGUGAAAUAUAGAUAAAAUGUUUUAGAUAUUGUCAAUGAUUUUACAAGUAAAAAAGGAUGGAUAGUUGGUAUUAAGGCUCUCUAAUCAAUUUAGAAUUUAUGUUUAAUUAUAAUCUGUUUUACGUUCUGUUAAUAUCCAAUAGCUUUAAUUAGUGUGUGUGUGUAACAGAAGCAACUCUCUGUGGAUUUUAUGAAGUAAAAACUAGCAAAAAUUAAAUCACACACCUGCAAGAUAUGAGAAGUUAUUUAGUUUUCUAAAUGCAGAUUUUUCUAACGGCCUGAUAAUCGGUAACUGUCAUUGGGUAAUCAUAAAGCGGUGAUAGCCCAGUGGGUAUGACUUCGAAUACGCGUU